AUGUACCUACGCAAAUAUAUAAUGGCACCAACUAAGAACAAUCUUAGUGCCGUUUUGUACGGUAUCAAUGACUUAAGAUUAGAACAAAGGCCAAUUCCAGUACCGAAAGAUAACCAGGUCCUUCUUCAAAUGGAAGUAGUGGGAAAAGAUGUAAAGAACCUGAAACUAGAUGACAGAGUAGCUAUCGAACCAGGAGUACCCUGUCGUCUGUGUCAUUAUUGUAAAACCGGUAUCUACCAUCUUUGCAAAGAUAUCUUAUUCUGUGCAACUCCUCCAGAUGAUGCUAACCUAUCAAGAUAUUACGUUCAUGACGCAAAAUUUUGUUGGAAGCUUCCUGACAAUAUGUCCCUUGAAGAAGGUGGCUUCAUGGAACCUCUUUCAGUUGGAGUUCACGCUUGCAAAAGAGCAAAUAUCAAAAUUGGAGGUGUCUGUUUGAUUACAGGAGCUUGUCCAAUUGGUCUUGUUACUUUCUUGUCCGCUAAAGCUAUGAGUGAUUUCAAAAUUGUCAUCACAGAUGUACUUGAUGUCAAAUUGAAGAUGGCUAAACAACUUGGAGCCGAUUACACGUUGAAAAUUGAGAAAAAUAUGACUGAAUAA